ACUGUACAAACACAAGGGUGUUACUCAGAGGGAGAUCUUUCAAGUCUUUACAAGCUAUGAAGACCUGAAGCCCAGCAUUGAACCACUUAAACUUCAUGAUGGCAGAGAGGACGUCUUCCUCACAUUGCAGGGAACUAUUCCAGUACAGUACAAGGGUUCAAGAUUCAACAUCCCAAUAUGUAUGUUCUUGAUGAAAACCCACCCUUUCAACCCACCCCUGUGCUAUGUCGUGCCCACGGACACUAUGGUGAUCAACACAGGCAAACAUGUGGACCACAAUGGAAGGAUCUACCUCCCCUAUCUGCAUGAGUGGAAACAUCCCAACUCAGAUCUAAUUGGUCUGAUAGAGGUGAUGAGGGUCGUAUUUGGAGAGGUACCACCUGUUUUAGCUUCCCCCAACACAGCUGCACAGCACACCAUGGCACCACGUCGCAUGAUGCGCAGAGAGACAGCUGCACAGCCGUUACCCACGAACGUACCACCAUCGAGCUCCAGUAAUUUCCCACCAUGGCGCAUGACAACCAUGCCCGCAGAGACGGCUUCCUCUAGACAGACAGCUGCACAGCCGUUACCCACGAACGUACCACCAUCGAGCUCCAAUAAUUUCCCACCAUGGCGCAUGACGGCUUCCUCCAGAGAGACAGCUGCACAACUGUACCCUUCACGGCACACCACGUACCCAGACAUGACAACAUACCCUAAGGAGAAUGCUGUUUUCCUGUCGUACCAGUGGGACCACCAGGACAGAGUACUGCUGCUGCACGAUCGCCUGCAGGAGCGAGGCUACGGCUGCUGGAUGGACAUCAAGCAGAUGGGAGGAGGGGACAGUCUGUACCAGAUGAUGGACAAGGGGAUCAGGGAAGCCAAGGUCAUUGUCAGCUGCGUGACACCCCCUUACGUCGAAUCCCCAAACUGCCAGGACGAAGUUGCGCUUGCACGGACCCUGAAGAAGCCUAUCAUUCCAGUCAUACUCGAGAAGACAACAUGGCCGGUAUCCGGGCCCAUGGCCAUCCCCUUUGCACAGCUGGUCUACAUCGACAUGGCCAGAAGUCAGGAUGAUGACCUGUGGAAGGGACCUCUGUUUGAGGAACUGAUCAGAAGGAUCGAGUGCUUCAUGCUAGACUCUAAGGACAAAAGUGCAGGGUAA